AUGAAUAUUUUCCGUUUAUUUGGUGAUUUUCUUCACCUUGGAUCAAUUUGCUUACUUCUCUACAAGAUGAUCAUGUUGAAAAAUUGUGCUGGAGUGUCUUUAAGAACACAAUUUUUAUAUGUUAUUGUUUUUAUUUGUAGAUACGGAAUUGAUUUAUUUACUUCCUUCAUUUCUCUUUAUAAUACUCUUAUGAAGAUUUUCUUCCUUGCUUCAUCUAUUGCUAUUGUUUACUUGAUGAGAACUAAAUAUCGUGCAACCUAUGAUACACAAAGUGAUACAUUCCCACUUUAUUUCCUCAUUGUUCCUUCUAUUAUUUUGGGUAUUAUCUUUACUGAUGAUUAUUCUGUAUUCGAAUUAUUGUGGACUUUUAGUAUCUUUUUAGAAAGUCUUGCCAUCAUGCCACAAUUAUUCUUAUUGACAAAGAAAGGAGGAGCUGAAGCUAUUACUUCACAUUAUGUUUUCACUUUGGGAGGAUAUCGUGUCUUUUACAUUUUGAAUUGGGUUUAUAGAUAUUUUGGUGAAGGUUAUUCACCUUAUAAUGCUUGGUUAGCCGGAUUGAUUCAAACUGUAUUGUAUGCUGACUUUUUCUACAUGUACAUUAAGAAAGUAUGGUUAGAAAAGAAGUGGGAAUUGCCUGGUGUUGCAACAAUUUUAGACAGAAAGUAA